AAGAAGGUUAGGUAGACUGUGAGAGAAAGAGAAAAAAAAAGGGGGACGUCGAUGGAACCAAGCAGGAGCAGAACCUCUCCAGACACGGCAGCGGAGGAUCUGAGUGGAUCUGAUUCAAAACAGCCUGUAUAUUCGGAAUUGGAUGCAAAGAGUGAUUUGGGAAAGAAGCCUUCUCAGUGGAUGCAGUCGCCGGCUUCCAUAUCCAAAAUCAUGCACAAUGUAUGGCAAUUGAGCAGGAAGAAGGAUGUUGUGUGCCUUAUUUUAUCAUAUCCUCCAUUCAACUCCUGGAACAAUGAAAGACACAGAGGCUGGAUUCUAGAUGUUUUGGAGAUUAUUCACAAAGUACGAACACAGUACGAGAAUAACGCAGCUAAUGUUUUAGGGUUCUCUUCUGAAAUCACUAGAUUGCUUCAUCAUUCAAUCCAUGAUAUUGAAGCUCAUGUUCCAACAGGGAUCUCUGUUAAGAUGUGUGAGCGGUGGUCUCCAGGGCAUACAGCACCUAAGAAGGCAAUGCUGGAUUUGUGUAUUGAUGAUUUUAUGAUUCGGCAAUUUUCACAACAUAUACAAAUUCCCGAAAUUCGGAGUAUUUUGAUUUCAGAAGUAAAUGAUAAAGCCUUUCCGUGCAGACUGAAGAAUCUUCCACCAAUAAGGCAAAUGUUUGAUCCCGUCAUUCAAGUAAAUGUCAAGUCUUGUCUGACAAGUAAAGAUAUAGAGGAUAGAAUCAUAGAAGAAUUGGGUUUCUCAAAAUAUAGCAGAGGGGAAGCAGAGCAAAUAUUGAGAAGCCAUAAUUUCUUAAUCCUUCUUGAUGACUUCCAUACACGGAGAAUAAAUUUGCAUGAGCUGGGGAAUGGCUGGUGGAACUCAGACAACACUCAAAAGAUAGUUUUGAUAAGCUUUUUAUUUCAUCCAGGGGUGCUAGUGGAUCUGGAGAUUAGGAGGAACCAUCAUCUAUUAUCAUGGGAAUUAUUUUGUAGGAAUGUUGGUGAAGUUGUGCAUUCUUCAACUAUCCAGCAGCUAGCUAUACAUGUGAUUAGACAAUGCUUUGGCCAUUUCCUAGCCUUGGUUCUAAUGGCAAGAGCCUUAAAAGAGGUCAAGGAUGUUUGCAUCUGGCAGCACGCAUCUCGGGUUAUAGGCUUUCUACCAACAUCACAUGUCGAAGAUUGAAUUUUGCUUAAUGCAUUAGCAUUCAUUCUGGGGCAUUUAGGUUCCACAAAUAAAUGUGUAAAAUAUUGUGCAUCUUACCUAGAGAUGGAAGGAACGAACAAAGUUGAUUUAAUUAAAAGGUGGAUGAAAGAAGGCUUAAUCAGAACACUCAAUGAAGGAGAACAAAUUGUUCAACAUCUUGACAAUGCCCUCUUGUUGGAAAGCUUUCGGAAUGGAGAGUUAGUCCAAACGCGAGAUGAAAUCCGUAAGGAGUUAGUGAAUUUUUAUAAAGCCAAAAUGAAUCCAAUACUACUUGUUGAACUAGAUGGAAGAGGACUCAUGGAGGCACCAAAAAAUGAGGCAUGGGAUGAAGCGAAUGAGAUGCAUUUGAUGAAUAAUAAAAUAUCCAAGCUAUCGGAUAAUCCAAAUUGCCCUAAACUUAGUGUAUUAUUCUUACAAGGUAACCGUCAUCUGAGGGUUAUUUCUCCAUCUUUUUUCCAAUGCAUGCUUAUCCUCCAAAUCCUAGACUUGUCCCAAACUAAAAUAGUCUUUACCACAAUCUUUUUUUAAGUUGGUUCAACUUCGAAAAUUCAUUUUAAGAAGUUGUGAACUAUUUAAGGAGUUGCCAGCUGAAGUAGGAGAAUUCUGUCAUCUUGAGGUACUUGAUCUUGAAGGAACUGAAAUCAUAAAUUUACCAGUUGCUAUUGGGAAACUGACAAAUUUGACAUGCUUGAAAAUGUCAUUUUAUCCUCAAAUUAACCACAAUAGAAGAAGCAACCAUUCAAAUACAAUCAUACCCCAGAAUGUCAUAUCCAAUUUGCUUCAAUUGGAAGAGUUAAGCAUAAAUGUGAAUCCAGAAGAUGAAAGAUGGAAUGUAACCAUGAAAGAUAUUGUAAAGGAAAUUUGCAGCUUAAACCGAUUGCAUUUUCUUAAACUUCACUUGCCAGAAGUUUUGCUUUUGAAUGACUUGAGAAGUGGAUCAUCAUUGAGAAACCUGUCAUGGAUGCACUUUAGAUUUAUUGUUGGCAAUCAUCUGAAGCAUAUAAUAUCCCGGUUGCCACAUGAAUCUGCAAUUAAAUUUGAAGAACAAGAAAGUUGUUUGAAGU